AUACGAGACCAAGACCUGCUACAACUGCGGGUGUCAGGAGAUGGCCAUCAAGCGGCUUGGGGGGCUGAAGGAGGGGCAGCGGCCCUGGUCGGUCAAAGUCUGCAACGACUGCUUGACGACCUGGAACCGCGACGUCUCCGCCGCCAACGUGAUCCGUGUGCUCCUCCUGCUGAAGCUGAUGGGCUUCGAGCGGCCGACCAAGCUGCAGCGGCCGCCAUGGCCGCCGGCGGCGGCGGGGCCGGGCUGAGAGCCUGAACGGCGCUAGCAGGGCGUGGGGCUGAGGGUGCACGUGUCGAUUGGCGGCGAGUGACGUGACUAGUUUGUUAGCUGCGGGUUAGCACGGACUGUGCACCCCACCCAACCGGCCACGUCCGGAUUUGCGGGGAUGCCAAAGGCCCCCAACAUAGAGGCGUGUGCUUAGUAGGCGCCCGCGUCAAGGUGGCUGGGUUGAUAACGACCCGGGAUCAGCCCUUUUCCUGCCAUAAGGCAGCCACCUCCUUGUUGUCUCGGGUGUAUCGUGGACCGGUUCUGCUAUAGGCAUUCGAGCUUUUAGGCGCAGUGGCUCGCGGCGCUAGAUCGAGGCCGUGAUUAAAUCUUAAACGAGCAGAGACCUUGUAGAACUGUAUGCAGUGAGGGGAGUGCGUGAUGCGAGUGUGCACAUGCGUUGACUACCGUAUUUUGCUUGGCGCUGAAUGAAAGAGGUGCGGGUGUUGUCUAGGGCGUUUUGUAGGCAGGCCCGUGCCGGCCUUUGAUGUGCCCAGGGCUGUCAAAUUUAAACAGUUAAACGUGUGACCGCCACCACAUGUGUUUUGUGAGCGGCAGUGAGAGCCGAGCCGAGUGACCACACUGAGAAAGGAACGCGAGCUUGUGGGCACUGCUUGCUGCAUGCGUCUGAGCCUGUGAGACUGGGGCUGUGGGCGUUGGUGCGUGACGGCACGCUGAGAAGGCAUACGCACCCAGAUAGCUAGUUAGCACGCAAGUAGUUGUUACAAGGCUGGCUGGCGGAGUGGACUAGACGUAGAAGCAUGAUACUGCGCGGUUUGACAGCCAAGUUAGCGGCGUGACGUGCCUUUUGUGCGAUGCCAGGGUGCGAAUGUGGUUGGUUGCAGUUCAGUAAGGGAGCGGGACGGGGCCUCCAUACUUCGUGAGACGGCGCAGACCGUCAGUAAUCUUAUGUGUAAGGGACAAUCCGU